ACCUGUCCUCUUCCUCCUCACUUCAGUCCAGGAGUGCGUUGGAGGCGUCCCCCGCAAUUUCUCGAAUCUUCUCCGACCAGGAAAACAUGGAAGUCAAUGCAAUUCAAGGUGGAAUUCAGCAAUUGCUCACUGCAGAACAAGAAGGUCAAGACAUUGUCAAUGCUGCCAGAAGUGCAAAAAUGGCCAGGCUGAAACAAGCCAAGGAAGAGACUGACAAAGAGAUUGCUGAAUAUCGAUCUCAAUUGGAGGUGGAAUUCCAGAGGAGACUUGCAGAGAGGAGUGGAGAUUCAGGUGCUAAUGUGCAGAGGCUUGAAACAGAGACAGAGAUCAAGAUUGAGAACCUGAAAACUGAGGCUGCAAUUAUUUCUGAUGUUAUUGUCCAAAUGCUUCUGAAGCAUGCGACAUCUGUGAGGAGUUAACUGAUACUGAAGGAAUGGCAAAUACAAAGGAGUCUGAUAUCCUUUUGCAUGGUCCAUCCUGGCUUUAGGAUAUGCAGCUAUCAGUGAGCUUUAUUCUUUGUUCUUAUAGAUUGUUAUUGGCAAACUAAACUUGCAUUUUAAGUGGUCCUAUUCUCGUCAUAAUCUGUAGGUGACUGAGCCACAAAUUUUUAAGUCACUUACUAUUUUAUCGCCUGUAAAGGUGCAAUAAAAUUUCUCUGCCUUUGAAAUGUGCACAUCUGCAUCAAGAAACUGGGAUACUCUUUUUUCAAUAAUCAAAUCUCCUGGGAUGU